CUCCAGCUGCCAGUCUGUCAGGCGACUAGGACAGUGCUGCUCUAGCGGUGUUUAAAUUUGGUAAUUUUCUUCUCGCGUUUGCUCGGAUUGAAUAGAAGCGAUCCCGUCGCAAUCAAUGAAAUUAUCUGUGUCCCUUUCCGACUCACUUCUGAGUCACUUUGUGUUGAUCCCUUUGAGUUCUGGCUUUCCGGAAGGACUGUUGAAAUCAGUGUUGUGCUGGGUCCUGCUCCUGUUGGCACGUUUUUCAUCCAGUUUUUUUCACUGCCUUGGGUGGCUUUUGAAUUGAAGGUUGUCGUUUUACCAUCUGUGCCGUUCGACGAUCUACAUUUCUCGAAGACCGUUUGCCCGUUCGCGGCCGAGGAGGUUCAUUCAAGUGCUGCGGCUGCCACGCAUGGGCGCUGUGCGCGGCUAGCGCGGCGCGGCGUGGGCGCCAGCCGGUGAGGGAAGCAGCUCCGCGCCGACGCCAUGGAGGCCGCGGGCGACGUGUCCAUGGCCUCGGACUGCGACUUCGCGCUCAACGACGGCGAGGUGACGAUGGUGGCGGACAUGACGAUCGUGGGGGACGCGUUCGCCAAGCAGCUCAAGGACUCGAAGCAGGACGCCAAGCAGGACGGCAGCGACAGCGGCGUCGAGCUGAACGGCGCCGAGCGGUCGGCGUCCCCCGUCCUGGACGCGAGCGGGGCGCCGCCGGUGCUGCCGCCCGCACACCUGGACUACGACGGCACCAGUGAGGGUGGCAGCGAGUCGUCCUCCGUGCUCUCCCACGCGCCCGUCCGGAAGAAGAUCUCGGCCUCGUCAGCCUCGUCGUCGGCGUCGUGCUCCACGCCGGGCCGCGCCGGCCACCCCCGGUCGCGGUCCGUGGUGGUGUCGGCCUCGUCCUCCGGGUCGGCGCCCAACACCCCCGGCUCGCCCGUGCCCGCGCCGAGGCCCAGGGAGAGGUCGGCGGCGGCCGCGGGCCGCGGAUCCAGCUGCUCCAGGGGUCGACAAGGCUCUUCGUGUGCCGAGGCUCCGCACGCCGCCGCGCGCACCACGUCGCGGUCGCAGCGCUCCGGGUCGUCGUCGGCCGCCCCCAACUUGAUGACGGCCAGCUUGACGGGCAGCCUGACCCACGGCAGCAGCGGCAGCAGCAACGUCCGCGGCAGGGGCACGACCAGGGCUCCCGCGGCGCCGCGGCCCACUCCUCGCGGCGCCACCUCGGCCGUGGCCAUGUCCACCUCGACGGACGACGGCCGCUGGCCCUCCACCGUCCAGAGGCCCACCACGCUGUCGAGGACCAGGGCCUCGAGUGUGGCCGCCGACCGCGACCGGCGGUACGCCAUGGCCAACAUGGCCAGCAUGACCAGCUCGAGCAGCAAGACCAGCGUCAACUCCACCAACUCGGCGUCCACGCCUUCGCCCACCGAGUCCAAGUCUGAGAAGUUUUCGACUCUUCCCCGGAGGCGGCGGCGGCGCUCUGUAGAGAGCGCUGGCGGCGAGAGAGUGUCCUCGACGCAGUCCCAGUCCACCAGGAAACAGAAGGUGACGCUGUACCACGAGACGGGCGCGCAGACGGCGCUCACCUACCAGGACCUCGAGGACCUGCUGGGCGGCAGGGCGUGCCACCUACGCCCCAUCGACGCCCGCGAGCAAAGCCACCAGGGCGUGCAGGUGGACAGGGAGAGGGAGGACUUCGCCACGAUGCUGCUGGACCGCCGCCUCAAGGCCAUCAUGGACAUGCUGGGCUUCGAGCACUCGGGUACUCCCCGCUCGCCCGGAGGGCCCGGAGGCAGCAUCACCUCCACGGUGCACACCCCGCCAAAGGAAGUGGAUCACUCAGCUUGGAUGAAGACACUGGAGUUAUUAGAACAGCGAGCUGCGACUAUUAAGAAACGAGACUCAGUGCAACGAAAUGAAAUUGGACGUCUGCGGUAUGAAGUAGAGCACAAUGAGAGGCUCCGGAAAAGCCUUCAAAAUCAGCAGGAAGAAACAGAGGCAGAAUCACAAGAAAUGCAAGUAUUCUUGAAAUUAGAAAAUGCAGCUCUGGCUGAAAGUCUUCAAGAAGCUGAGAAAGAUGCAGUGGCUCAAAAGGAGGUUGUUGCAAAUUUGAAUCUAGAGUUAGAGCGUCAACGAGAAGAAUGUCAACAUCUAGUUCGUAUCAGUGAGCAACGCAGGCAAGAAGUUCUUACUCUGCAGGCUCGAGUUGCUGCAUUGGAACAAAGAUCCAAAGAGUCUCUCCUUCAGCAGGGAGCAGCUGUAUCAGGAGCCUCUGUUGCUCUUUCAGCUUUGAGCUCUCGCCUCGAUGACCUAGCAGUCCAACUAGAGGAAAGUUCUUUGGAUAAAGCCUUGUCUGCUUUGACCACUGAAGCAGAAGCAGUCACAACACGUACUAAAGAAGCCUGCAGGCCUCUAAGCUUGCACUUGGAGAACAAUUUCCAAACAUUGGAUAAUGUGACAGAACCAGAGCUUGAGGAAGAAGGAGGCGGCCAAAGGGAGAGUGCUACCACUGCCUCCCAGAAUCUAAAUUCUGCUCGUCUGGUGAAUAGUGAAAGUAUUCAAAAUCUUUCUGCUGCUAUUCUUUUCCGUCGACUUCAAGAAGAAGCAAUAAAAACUGAAGCAAAUGCAGGAGAUGAGAUGCCUGGACAUCUAGUGGAUCAAGUUCUCGAUGUUGAUUCUCUGAUAACCAGAGUUUUGCGUGCCAUAAGUGACACUGUACACUCAAAAAAACUACCUUUAAAUCCAACAGAUGAGUCCAGUCAAAUUUGCAAUGGACAAGCAAAAAUGGAUUCUAAAGCUCUUCAGAAAAUUGAAGGUCAAGUAGACUCUGCAAAAUCAAAUCAUAUACCGCUUCUAAACGGUUCCAAUGAUGGAACAUGCAGUGAGACUAGCAAUAUGUCCGUCAAUGGGAGAGUAGAAAUAGGCAUUGCAUCUGAACCUGUAACUGGAGCUGCUUAAAACAAAUUAGAUCAUCAGCGAUAUUAAUUAGCAUACUUUAACAAUAUCAACUUCUAUGCUAUGAUUGUGGUAAACGUUUCGUCAUUUGGGUGAAUUAUAUUCUUAUCAACUUUAUUGUUGUGAAUUCAACUCUUAUUACCUUUGUUAAACAUUUGAUUGUAUUCUUCCCCCCCAAAAUUGUGUGACAGAUGUUCUGUUGACAUUGUAUCAUCUUACUGUUCCUGUUUUAGUGAGUGUAUCUAUAAGUAGCUUUCACUUUAUUCGAUUUUUGCUUUUAUGGAUUUUUUGCAAACUUGUGAUUAUGUUACUUUGCACUGUAUUUAUUGAUUAGUUGUUCCCAAAAUAAGAGGAAUGAAUGAGAAUUAGCCUUUGAAUUAUAGUGAUUUUAAUCUCAUUUAUAAAUUGUAGAUUGAGAUUUUCAUGACUGACCUGCUUUCUAACAAUUGAUUCAGGCCUAGUUAGUAUUUGAGCAUUGAUGAAUUGUAGAAUCCGUACUUUUAUUGUAGAGACAAUGUUGGAAUAUUUCAUGAUUUGUCUAUGAGGAUGAGUAGAGGAGUAUAGUGAAAGCAAAUAUUCCAACAGUAUUUUGCCAGAAACUCCAGUAUUUUACAAUUAUUUUUUUGGCUGAAGAAGUAUGCAUAACUUGUAUUAAUGACAUCGAAUAGUUGUCCGUCCGUGAACAAUUUGAUGCCAUUUUAUAUGUAGUUGCACAGAAAUGACUGUUAUAUUAGAAUAAUGAUUUAAGGGCUUUAGUUGCAAACUGUGAGAAUUGAAGACUGUCUCUAACUGAAGAUGGCUGUCAAAGUAGAGCAAACAAGCCACUGAUAUUUAUUGAUCUCGGAAGAGGAAUUAAGUUUCCUGAAAUCAUAUUGUCUGUAGACACGACUUCAAAAGAAACUUUUUGUCAUUCCUUUUUGUGCUUUCCUGUCCAGUUUUCACUUAAAACUCUACUUUGGGAGAUUCCUUUGUGCCAUUGAAUGAUGUCUAUCUCACAUUCUUUUUUAAUUUGUUUACCAAUCAUGUUUUUUCUUCACUUAGUCAUCUACAGCACUCCAACAUAAACUUGACAUAUGAAAAUUCAUGUUCAGUGUGCGCUGCGCAAUAUGUUGAAAAAAAAUUUGGUCUAUAGUCCAUGAAUUGAUUUUGAAGAAAUGUUUUCUGUUGUUUGGUGUAACUUAAAAGGCAUACUACUUGUACUAAAGCUUGACCAAAUAAAAAAAAUGAAUUCAUUGAGAA